AUGCCAACUGUCGGAUGGGUAAAAUUGGAAGAGAUCACACAAAUCGUGUGCGGUGUUGUUUCGGUCAACACGAACGCUUUGCUGAUGUACUUGAUCAUUGCAAAGUCUCCACCAAAGUUGGGAUCUUAUAAGUGGUUGAUGUUGUAUACAGCCACUUUUGAGUUCUUCUACGCGUUUGUCAAUUUGUUCGCGGGACCGUCCGUUCACACCUAUGGCUCCGCGUUCAUCGUUUUCCAAGACAUGCGAAAUUUCCUAUUCUCCCAUCAAACCGCUCAAAUUCUUGUUUGCCUCUACUGCUCGUGCUUCGGCUUCUCCAUGGCAAUCUUCGGUGGCCAUUUUAUCUAUCGUUAUGGCGCGGUUGAUACGUAA